CCGAUGUCACAACAAAAAUGGUGGAAAUGAGAAAGUUGGCGUUUGAACAUUUUAAAUUUUCAGCCUGUACAGGCAUAUUGAUCCUUCUUACAUUGAUUCUUUAUAGUCAUGUCCAUUAUGUAGCGGUAAUAUGGUCUUUUGUUGUUGGGUUAGGAUUAUGCUACUUCGCAUUCAGCAAAGACACUCUUCUGCCAAAUUUACUUUUCAUGCUGCAAAGAAAAAGAAAGAAUAGAAGAAAAGAUGAUGAUGAAUUUUCACUCCUGAAGAAAGUUUGCCCUGUAUGUGGUGAAAGUAACUGCCCUCGCCAUAGACCGGAGUUGAAUAUCUUAGCCCUGCAGCCAUGGACAGAUUUGAUGCUACCAGAAAGGGUAGACACUGCCAUAGAAGAAUUUCUGACAUUGGUUCUGAAAAAUUAUGUCUACACUUGGUACCGUGAUGUUGGUGAAGAUGAGGCCUUCGUGGACGAGCUUAAAACAAGCAUACGCUUCAUGGCUGCCAUUUUACUAAGGAGGAUUAAAAAGGUUGACAUUCCGACUCUAGUCACUGAGAAAUUGGUCCCUGCAGGGGUUCGCCAUGUUGAUUGUUAUCUACAGGCGCGCAAUAGCUAUAAAAAAGGUGAUAUCCAGCAAGUGACACUGGACCUAAUGGGCUCUCAUCUCCAUAUUGCUAUGAGGAGUCGAGCGGCAGAGCUGCAAUAUCUACGUCAGAUUGCUGACAACAUAUUCCCCUACAUUUUAUCAGCACAAUCAUUACAAUGCAGGUCGCUGUGUUCACUGCUGAGAGAGAUCCUCGCCAGCUCCAUCCUCCUCCCAGUCAUGGAUGUUAUAGCGGAUCCAGACAUAGUUAACAAGUUAUUACUUGUCUUUUUUGAUGACACACCGCCUCCAGUCUGUUUGGACCCACCAUCAACCCAGGUCACGAUUCUUGCCAACUUCAGUGUGCCACUUAGUCGGAAUUGCUCAUCAUUACACAUUGAAUCAGUUGCUGAUAUAAUGAAUAACCAGGAAGCCCUCUACCCAUUCAUGCAGUUCCUCAAGAGGGAAGCCUCAGUCAACGUGCUUAUGUUCUGUUUAGCAGCAGGUUGGCCACUUUCUGCUGCUCGUAAAUUUUUGCCUGAAGAUGAAGAGAGUCUUCUGGCCUUGGAAGAGCUAAAUGGCUACAAGGAUUUCAAUCGAAAGAUCCUGAAUCCAGAUUUGACCUCUGUUGACCUUCAGAAUCUUCACACAGAGGUCAACGAGAUGUUUGGACGUUACUGCGCAUUCACUUCUGUGGAUAAGAUACAGUUUGAUGAUGAUAUCAUAAGCGAACUACAAAGAAUCUGUGAUGGACCACCAGAAGGAGUGAAGAGGCUUCAAGUGACCACCCCGCUCUUCAGAGCCUAUGAGCAUGCCUACAAUCUACUGGAGAACACAUUUUUACCUCUCUUUCACCAAAGUGAUGAUUAUUACAUCUGGCUGUGCGGUAACCGUCAUUCCAAAGGCCUGUUCAGAAGUGCAUCAAGGGACGUAUUAGAAAUACCAGCCAACAAGAAGAAGAAGAAGAAGAACAAUAAGAAGUUGGCUAAUCAACAGUUCGGUCUGUCAAAAAUUGGAAACCGACUUAAAGGCGUGUUUAGGAGUAACACAGUGGAAGGCAAAUAUAUUGAUGGUAUCCCUUACACAGAUGCUGCGGAGGACCUUGUGGGAAAAGGACAAACAUUGGCUGGAGAGGGGAAAGGUCCAGUCGCCCCUGCUACCCCUCCAGUCACCCCACGGCGGGUACGAGCAUUAUCUUUGCCGGUAUUAGAUAUGGAGAACACUAACAGCUUAAUGGACCGGCGGCUUUCUAACAUUGCGGCUUCUGAUACCUCCGAUGAGAUGCUCUGCGAUAAUCUAUUCGACGACCCAAAAGAUGCGCCCCUGAGGGACCUCAGCUCUUGGCGGGUUGAGAUCCCUUCGAUUGAAGAAGAAAUGGACCCCGAAAGCCGGAAGAAGUUUCAUUCUUUUCUGAUCGAUGUCAGGAGGUUGGAUAUACUUGAAGAAGCAUUCUCCAGUUGGGUGGUAAAGAGACGAUACAAUGAAUUUUAUAUCUUGGAGCAAAAGUUGAAGGAAUUUCAUGGGGAAUUUGCUGAUGUUAAAUUGCCCAACAAGAAGACACUGGGAACCAAAGGUGCCGACUUCAUGGAAUCGAAGAGAGUUGCUUUUGAGAAGUAUCUUCAGGCUCUCCUGACUAAACCUACGUUAAAGGGAAGUGAGAUGCUCUUUAACUUCCUGACAUCAGACAAUGAGCUUACGACAAGUUUCCUGCCAGACCUGAAUCUAGGAAAGAUGUUUAGAUCUGUUCCAAUCAAGUUACAGAAGGAGCGAGGGCAGCAUUUAGAGCCAUUCCUUACCUCCUUCGUGACGUCCUGUGAUGCUCCAAAACCAAGACCUAGUCGGAUGGAGGACGGUGACAGUGACACAGUGUCGAUAUCUAGCGAAAAUCUUGCCAAUCCUCAGUAUGAUAACAAUGCUGGCAUGGACCUUGACCUGAAUCCAGAGUAUGUUGACCCUGGCAUCUGUUCUUCAGACAUCACUGGUGUCUUAGAUACUGUAAUCUAUGUUGCCAAAAGUUUUUAUCAUGUGCCAAAAUGGUUUCAGCAAGUUCUGAUGACAAUCCGGAUGUUGGGCAGAAAUACGGUUGACAAUGCGGUAGACUGGUAUAUCGGUCAGAAGUUGAGUCAAGUCACCAAGGAACAUAGAAUUGUCAACAUUGUUCAUUUAUUACGAGACGUUCUCUUCUUCGAUGACGAUCCACCACGAGGGCAUAAGAGGCGUCGACAAAAAAAGACUGAGAAAGAGAAGUUGAUGCGCAAGCAAGAAACACUCAGGGAAUUCAAGAAAUUCAUACCAAAAAUCUUACCUCUCGUUGUGGGACCAGACAAGUUUGAUGAAGGUAGCAAGUGUCUGUUUGAGGUGAUACAGCAGCCAAAGCUUAACAAACAGCUUACCUACGUAUUCCUUGACAUGGUUCUGGAGGAAUUAUUCCCCGAGUUACUCGAAGAAGCCAAUGAAGAUUGUGAUUCGUUAAGUGAUACGCAACAAUACGUUCGAUGACACGAGGCAAACUCGACCCACUACUAGACUGUUAAAAUCAUGGGCUACUAGUGGAGUACUCCUUCCAAAUCAGCAGACUGGUGUUGCAUAUGCUAGUGUCAUCUUCAGAUGUCAUAAACGAGGUUGAAAAUUUAUUGCUUUGACUUCAUCAUAAAUCUUGAGUAAUGUGUAAAUUCUGAAGAGAGAUAUUGUCGGAUGAACACUUUGGGGACCAAUGGAAGUGCUGGAAUGGAAAAGUUAGCUAUUAUGAAUAUCUAGUCAUACAUGUCUGUCCAUUCCCAGAUUGGAUAAUUGAUUUGUUGAUCAAACCAAACAUUUGUGAAACAAAUUCCAUUUCAUUAUCUGUGCUGUUGUCUUUUGGUUUGUGGUGAUGUCAAAUAGGUAUACAUGUACUGUAUAAAAUAUUCCAGCGAAUGUUCAUGUGUGAUGAAUUGUAAAUGUAGCUUUAAUCUGUUCUGGAGGAGUAGGCCAAACCAUAAGGUUCCCUGUAAAUGUGCACGUAUAGGUGUGGUUCUCCACAUAUAGCAUACGCAGGAUUGGGUGAUUGGGGCUGUAGAAAUAUUUCAUUUGGAACACCUAAUUUCCCAGAAAGUGUUUUUUUUUAAAUUUGGAAAUAUGAAGAUUCUGCUUAAAAAAGUGUGCAUCAGUUUUUGCUCUAUACUAUAUGUGUACAUGUAGCUGUUAAAGGAAAAAGUAUAGGACUGAAACAACAAUUAUCUUGGUGUUUCAUAAUUACUCAAGUCAUUUCAUGUAGUAGUCAUGAAACUAGUCAAGGUAAUUGUUGUUGCAAUACUGUUUUGUGAAAAGAUAAACUUAUUUCUAUACCUUAUUGGGGAUGUGUACCUUUUGUUAGUGUGUUCUAUAUUGUUUGUUAUGACUGUUUUGAUGUGAUCAAUGAAAUAGACUUUGGUGCUUGAAAAUUAUGAUACACAUACAUGUUUGUAUAUUUAUAUUUAUCCAAGGGAAGAAUCUGUAAGAUGUGUACAUGUAAAAUGAAAUUCAUGGGAUAUGUGAUUAUUCAAUGUACAUUGUAAAAUAGUGUUACUAUGAUAUCAUGUGAAAUGUAAAAAGAGUUGUAUGUAUUCUUUCAGAAAGUACAAGCUACAUUAUCAGCAAGUUCAGCUUGUUACAUCCGAGGGAAGCAGAAUUAUAUGCUAACAGGGAUUGCCCCAUGGCUGAUCAGCAAUUUAAAACAAACUACUGACAUCUUUCCCCCAGCCAGUUUAGACUUGCUUUGCGCACAGUACCACUUUUUGGUGAAAUUGAGAAUAGUUUUCUUCUGGCUCUAGCCUUUCAUUAUAAUCCUACUGCAUAUUUCCCGCAUGUGUCCAGGUCAUAAAUGCCGUACAUGUAGAACUGUACAUAAUAUGUCAACUGUAUAAAGUAUAGCGUAUGAAUAAAUGGAAUAUUUAUUUUGUCAA